AUGAAGCUGACAGUUGUCUUCACGCUUGUCACCCUGGCGCUUUGCUGCUACUCAGCUUCUGCUGUCCUGAGCGUGGCUGGCAGUCUUGUGUCAAACCUUGUGCCAAAUGUGAUGCCAAACCGGGUUCCCGUUCCUUUCAGCGUCCUCACUGAUCUGGUUGGAGGGGUACAGGGCUGUGUGAACCAGCUCACCCCCAAAGCGCUAUCUGCUCUUCAUAGGGUGCUGGUAAGUCCACCUUCUUUUUCUCCCAUUCUCAAAUUAAGGGAUACUGAACGUCCUGGGCUUCUCAGAGAUAACAACCCCGUCCGCGGCCCUGAUGGCAAAACACACACCAACAAAUGCGUCAUGUGUAGAAAUCUGAUGGCAAGUCAAGUAAAUAAUGGACUCACAGGUGGAGGAGAAAAUGUGAUCAGAGGCCCGACAGGAAAGGAUGACUGCAGUGAAUUUCUAUCACAAGUCAACGCUAAUGGAGAACUCACCUGCACAAAAGAGAAUGACCCCGUGCGUGACGCUUCUGGCCGGCAGCACAGCAACAAGUGCCUCAUGUGUGCAGAGAAGUUCAAAGAAGAUGCUCAAAAAGGCAUCCAGUUUGGUAGAAAUACGCAGCAACCAACUCUGAACAGCCUUGAUGGGAAGAGCACGUAUCAGAACAGCUGCAGCCAGUCUGGUGGGACCUCUCCCUGCUCUGCCAAUAGCCAGGCUGCUCAGGGCGAUAGCAGACCAAACUGCGGGUAUGGAGGGGACAUGUUCACAAUUCCCUCCUCUUCCUCCUCCUGGCUUUCUGCCUUCAGCACAUAA